CAGCUUCGGCAAACGCGCCAAGCGGUGGCGUCCUAAUCUCACAGGCGGCCAAAACGACCCGCCGGGGCAACCGGGGAGGAGACCGAGCGAGGGCAGCGAGAGGCUACGGAACAUCUCGCCCUACCCGCCCUUCUGGACUUUGAGCAGGAAUUGCUUUGGCGCGAGGGUCCGGAGGCAGAAGGGGGCAAGAGGUUUGUGGCGUCCCGUGAUCCGACCCCGUGCAGUUGGAGCUUCUUCCUGGCUUCGCUGGAAGCCUUAAGAAGUCAGAACACAAUUGAGAAGAAGUGUCUAUGUAUAUUUUCUAUUUCUGGACACCUUUUUAACACAUCACUGGUCCUUUACAUAAAUGCUGAAGACUUUUAAGCAUUGAAGACCGGCAGACAUAAAUUUUGCCUUGAAUAUUCGUGAUCAAAACUAGAUGUAUCAGAUCCUUUGGAUGAGCAAAAGGAUAAAAAGACUGAAGAAGUCCUGAAGAUUGAUGGAGGGCCAUGCUAUUCAAACAGCAGGCGUUGCUGAGACAGAAGCUCCUUGUGCUAGGCAGCCUUGCUAUUGGAAGCCUUCUCUAUCUAGUUGCCAGAGUUGGGAGUUUGGAUAGACUGCAACCCAUUUGCCCUAUUGAAGGCCGAUUUGGACUCCAUGGGCAGGAUGAAAUCCCACUCAGAGCUCUACAGUUUAAGCGUGGAUUGUUGCAUGAAUUCCGAAAGGGUAAUGCCAGCAAAGAGCAAAUUCGACUUCACAGUUUGGUCCAGCAAAUCCCCAAGGCCAUAAUAAUUGGAGUGAGGAAAGGAGGAACUCGAGCACUACUAGAAAUGCUCAAUCUUCAUCCAGCAGUGGUCAAAGCCUCUCAAGAAAUACACUUCUUUGACAAUGAUGAGAACUAUGCCAAGGGCAUUGAGUGGUAUAGGAAAAAAAUGCCAUUUUCAUAUCCUCAUCAAAUAACCAUUGAGAAAAGCCCUGCAUACUUUAUCACAGAGGAAGUCCCUGAAAGGAUUUAUAAAAUGAACUCAUCCAUCAAAUUACUGAUCAUUGUCAGGGAACCCACAACAAGAGCUAUUUCUGAUUACACUCAGGUGCUGGAGGGAAAGGAAAGGAAGAAUAAGACCUACUACAAAUUUGAAAAGUUGGCCAUUGAUUCUAACACCUGUGAGGUGAACACUAAAUACAAGGCAGUAAGAACCAGCAUCUACACCAAGCAUCUGGAGAGAUGGUUAAAAUACUUUCCCAUAGAGCAGUUUCAUAUUGUGGAUGGUGAUCGUCUCAUUACAGAACCGCUGCCAGAACUCCAGCUGGUAGAAAAGUUCUUAAAUCUUCCUCCAAGGAUAAGUCAAUAUAAUUUGUAUUUCAAUGCCACCAGAGGGUUUUACUGCUUGCGAUUUAACAUUGUCUUUAACAAGUGCCUGGCGGGAAGCAAAGGACGCAUUCAUCCAGAGGUAGAUGCCUCUGUCAUUACCAAAUUGCGCAAAUUCUUUCACCCUUUCAAUCAGAAAUUUUACCAGAUCACAGGGAGGACAUUUAACUGGCCCUAAGAUAAACUUCCUACAACACUAUGUGUUGCACCCAGAGAUAUGCAACCGUAUCUCUAUUAGAGUAUAUUUAAAAAAAAAUAUGCACUUUUCAUACUCUCAGUUAUCAAAGUAAUCUUUUUUUCAUGCAUACUUGUACAUAUGCAGUGUGUGACCAAAUAUAAGAUGGGAUCAAUUUUUCUACAGAACAGUGCAUAACGUUAAACUCUCUGCAUAAUUGCAUCAUUUUAUGCUAUACAAUUAAAUGAGAAAAUGUCAUUUAAAGAAAUUAACUCGGCUACUCGGUUCAAAGGGUCAGCACUCUUAUUUGCUCCAUAAAAUUUAAUAUUAAAGGUAUCUGGAAAAAGGCAGAAUAUUGCUUUAAAAUUCAUUGCAAUUCUAAAUCACUGCAAUUAGAAUUCAUUUCUGAAAAAUCUACAAUGCAAUAUUGUAUUUCUAAAUAUUGUUUAGAAAUAUUAUAUUUCUAUUAUAACAUAUCUCUAAAAGAAUAUUGGUCCUAUAAAGAGAAUACAUUUAUGCUGCAGGCUUAUAAUGGCUUAUCACUGCUCCCUAGGAAAUCUCUAUUUUGGUAACAAGAAGGGGCUAAUAAGAUCUUUAUGAAUAAUUCUCACUGCUUCCAUGAAUUGGGGUGGGGCAAUUAUGCAGAUUAAAUGGAUGGAAAGCCAAUAUAAGUUUGCUGUGUGAUUAUACCCUAUAUGAUGCUAAGUUCUUUUGAAAAAUCUUUUCCUAGUAUUGAAGAGAAACUUUCUCAUCCAGUCAACAUAGUUUCAAAUUUCCUGUGGUGAGUUUGCACUAUUGUUUUUAAUUGUAUGGAUCAUCUUGGCACUUAGAGCAUGUCAAUCAUGUGUCAAAACGAAAGUCUUUUUUCUCCCUUCUAUGCUUGUAUGUUGACAAAAAUUUGAUGUACAUAUUGUAUAUUGUUUGUAAAUACUGGUUUCACACUAAGUAAUUCUAUUUUGUAAACUAAA